AUGUGGGAGGGCCUGGAACAGUUGCUCAAGGUGAAACUUGAAGUGUGUGCUGACCUGUCACAUUCAAGCUUGCUGUUCUUUGGUGUAGGUCCUGGUGUUGCAUCUCCAGAUGAAGGAGUAGUAGAAGAUCUGCCUUUAAUAGAUGAGAAAGCUGUGGAGCAGCUAACUGAAGGAUUGAUUUCUCAUUAUCUGCCUGAUCUUCAGCGAUCAAAAUCAGCACUGCAGGAACUUACACAGAACCAAGUGGUAUUACUAGAAACAUUAGAACAAGAAAUUUCAAAAUUCAAGGAGUGUAACUCCAUUCUUGAUAUCGAUGCUUUGUUUUCAGAAGCUAAACACUAUCACAACAAGUUAGUGAAUAUUAGAAAUGAAAUGAUGAUGCUCCAUGAGAAGACAUCAAAGUUAAAAAAAAGAGCACUUAAACUGCAACAAAAGAGGCAGAAAGAAGAAUUAGAACGAGAACAGCAACGUGAGAAGGAACUCGAAAGAGAGAAGCAGUUAACAGCAAAACCUGCUAGGAGGACAUGAAAGCAGAGCAUGCAACAACUUGUCUGAAUUAAAUCAUUUCUGCAUUCUCUGGAAUUAAGGCAGACUUUGCUUAAACUGGGUUAUAGCUGUUACUAGCAACAGUCCAUGAUACUAUAAAUUCCAGAAUGGUAAUAAUAGGAUUGGUAACAUUCAAAUUUUUUAAUUUCAGCCAUUCAAGUUGCCUUCUUUAGUAAUGCUAUGCAGUUUGAUGUUGUUAUAAUGUAAGGUGGGUAUUUUUUUUGGUGUAUAGGAGAUCUUAGGCAUCACAGUUUUAAAUACCUAUCCAUUUUUUGUCUGUUCAGGUGUUUAGAUUUCUGAGAGAUAUUUGGUGACUGGCAUACAUGGUUUUUAGACAAAAUACAGAAUACUAGUUAAAGUUCAGUCCUCAUCAUCAGACUUCAGUGGCCACCUAUUUAACUGAAACCCCUUUGAUUCAGGCAGUUGGGAUCUUUUUUUGAUGCCCUGGUUCAUAAAUACUGACUUUUUGUGCAGCUUUAAUUUGGUCUGUCUCCAAUGAAUUGAAGAAACUUCCAUUGUAUUUGCCUGAAAGUUCACUUUAUUGCAGUGGUCUUACUUUUUUUUGUCAUCAAGUACUUAAGAACAGCUUUAAACUAACUUCUGAUUAAGUUCCUGGCUGAAUUGUUGCAGGGGGAAGCAGAACACUAAAAAUUCUCAAAACUGAUGUGUGCACAAUGCAAAGAUUAAUGAGUCUGUGCUUCCACAAACAUUUGAAUUGAACCAGGGAACUGUUGCUUCUGUCAUGACUCGACAGGAAGACUGUGUGGUCUAAGCAGAUUUCUGUGGGAUUAGAAGUUGUCGUUUUUUCAUUUUGUGUGACAAAAUAAAACACAACCAAAACUAAACGAUUUCUACUUCAUGUGAAAUUCAGUUACCUGUAGGAAAAACUACUGCAUUUAAUUUUUUUCCUUAAUAAAUUAUUCAUUUGCACUUCAGGGCUACGUAAAAGAAUUUCUGUUAUGCUGUCCUCAGCCAAACUGAUGAGUGUUAGUGUAUAUGAUGGUAAAUGUGGAAUGGAGGUUGAUAUCCAUUUCUCUGAAUGUAAUUACUAAUUCUUGCAGCACUUGGUGUGAACUCUCAUUCAAAUGAAUGUACGUGUUGUCUAGACUUGUAAAAGAGCUUUAAACUGUUUGUUCUUGGUCUAACAAACUAGUUAUUUUGUAUCUGUUAUUUUUAAAGUAGUAAUGAAAGUGGUGUGUUUUGAAGUGAGAUAAAGGGUAAGCUCUGUAAAGUUUUCCAUAAAAUAUGUAUGGAAAGGUAUUGGAGUCAAUUUUUUCUUCUGUUUUAGAUGGUUUACACAGUAUAUACCUGCCUGGACUCCUCUGUAGGGUAAUUUUCUGAACUAAUUUCCUGUCCUUAAUAUUUGUCAUCUUUUUCUGUGAAAGACAUACUCUGACGAGUAAUCACCCAGCACGCAAAGUAAACUUGGAAGGAAAACAAACUACUUACAGUCUGAAGAGACACUGAAAUACCGGUACUGAAGCAGUAAUAGAUUAAAACUUUCCACAGGUAUUUUUCCUUUAAAUUGACUUGUAUCAGUUACUUGCCAGUGGAUUGUUGACCUGUGCUGUGGUUUGUAUGUAUUUCUAAGAGAAAUGUAAAGAAUUUCCACAGUCCAUAUUUGGAGCAGAAUGUACAUAACUAAAUAUUGUUUAAAUAUUUUAUUUUGUAAUGUAAUUCCAAAAUUUGUUUCUGGGAAUUUAAACAGUUCUUAUUAAAGUAUAAUAACAUGAAAGUAAAUGCCUCGGUAUCCAGAUCAGGAUUAAAUUCCUGCGGUGCUCCUUGAUUUGUGUUCCCUCAUCUAGAAUCCAGUUUAGUGUUUCAAGUUGUGGUUUCUUUUUGUCAAGAUCUGUGGGGUUUUGUGGGGAGUUUUUGUUUCAAAAAUCAUGACUACUUUUAUUGAAACUACAGAAUUCUAAGGGUAGAAAUCGAUGCUUUUACAAUUGCAUACUUCAGUGUUUCUUUGGAAUAAUUUCUGAUCAAAGGAAUAAAAGCUUGCAGUGGUUUCUUUCCUGAGGAAUCACAGAGAUGUAAAAAUGUAAUUGAUAACUUGAUAAAAUUGUGGUAAAAGCUGGGUUUUGUACCAAUAAGGAACUAAUUUUCCUAAAUGAUCUAUCUGUAACAAAGGGGGGGAAAAAAUAACAUACAUAGGGGGAAGUUUGGUCAGUUUACAUAACUUUCUUUUAUUAAUGAGCUCUUAAUUAAUUGUAGUUUUGACUUAAAUAAUUUAUCUCCACAGGAUGUUUUUCUUCCAAAUACUCCUCUUGUGACUGAAUGCAUAAAAAGUAAAUGGUGCUUUGGAUUAAUUUAAUGAUACUGGCAUCUAAAAUUGUAUGCUUGUAUUAAUAUGCACAGCUAGAGUGAGCAAUUCUAUUACUGUAUGCAUUUAGUCUUGCUUGAUUUUAUAAAAAACUACUUACCAAGUAGAUAAAUUUGGUAGCGUUAGAUGUUUUCUUACUGACUUUUUAUUCCAUCUACAUGAGGAGGUGCAGCCAGCUUCAUCUUUUUGAGAAACAUAAAAUGACAGCUUUAAACCACUUUCUUUUAAUACUGUUUCAUACUUGGUCUACUCACCUGUUUUUAUCAUCAUAACAGCAGAAGAUAAUUAACUGUGCAGUAAUUCUUUGAAUUUUUAUUUUGUAAGAUUCAAAUUUAGGAGUUAACUGUUGGUAACUGAGGAAUCUUGGUUUCCCAUGCUUUUAUCUUUGCUAUUGUUAACCUUGAUGUUUAAUUUGGGUCCCCACACCUAUAGCUGUUCAGCUUCACGUGAGCCAAAUUUUAAUCCAGAGAAAUCUGGCUUUUUCACUAAUAGUGAUAGCUUUGCCAUGGUCAUAAGGUAAAUAUUUGUUUCUUUUUGGAAAGUGGCUACAGAGUAUUUAAUUUUGUUUUAUUCUCUGUGCUGUGACCUAAGUGGUAAUAGCAUAAAUAAAGGUUUGUUUCUGUAGCUGUUCUGUUGGGAUUCUAGCUGCUGAGAGAGUUCUCUGGCCGAUUUACCCUGAAUUAGGCUUCAGCAGACACGUUCUGCCACCUCCUGCUUGCUUUGUAACACUGCUGGCUGCUUU